AAUGAUGUGUUCUAGCAAUUUUCCUGUGUCGUAUCAUCAAAGCGACGGAUUGGUGGGGGUGGCGCCUUCGGCCAUUGGCACGUACACCUCCUAAAAACGACAACUCGUUUCCACGGCUUGGUAUUUUAGCAGGCAAAACGCAAGGACCUGGGCGAGUGGCGAAAUGGCAGUUCCAGCAGAGAGGAACCACAACCAUUUCUCAGUUUUGAUCGUACUCUUUCUUUUCCUCGUCCACAAUGCUCUCUGCAUUAGGUUCCCGGAUCGGAUCGCCCAACCCGCCCUCGACCCGCUCGACCAACACCGCCUGCGGGUCGCCGUCUUCGCCCUCGGAAGCUUCUGGAGAUCCGAAGCGGUGUUCGGUUGUUUACCGGGCGUUGUUCGCACCACCGUCGGCUACGCCGGCGGAUCCAAGUCCAACCCCGAAUACCGAAGCCUCGGUGACCACGCCGAGUCCGUUAAGGUUGAGUAUGAUCCGCAGCUGAUUAGCUUUAGGGAACUCCUGGAUGUCUUUUGGUCAAGUCACGAUCCUAGGCAAGUGUAUGGCCAAGGUCCUGAUGUGGGUAGUCAGUACAGAUCUAUUAUUUUUGUUAAUGGAACCGAAGAAUCAAGAAUGGCUGCUGUCAGCAAAGAACAGGAACAAACCCUGUCAAGAAGCAGCAUUGUGACUACACAAAUUCUGCAACUUGGAACAUUUUACCCUGCAGAGCCAGAGCACCAGAAAUUUGAACUCAAGCAAAAUACCAUCCUUCUUCAGUUAAUUGGGAACCUUCCGGCAGAGGAGCUUGAGAGGUCUAGCCUGGCAACGAAAUUGAAUGGAUAUGUUGCAGAGCUUUGCCCUCCAAAUAUCCAAAAGCAAAUUGAUGCCAAGAUCAACAAUAUUAUUAAAAAGGGUUGGCCAAUUUUGAGAGAUUUGUAGUUGGCCUCGUGGGAAGUUACUCAGAUUGUCAACUUGUCAUUUUUCAACUAACCUGCUUCGUUUCAGUACCUAUAGGUUUUAUUCAAUAGCUUGUAUCAGUUGCAGGGCUUGAUUUAACGAUUGUGUUGUAAUUAUUAUACUUGUAAAGUCUUGAGUCUCCCUGUCAUCCUUCAAAAAAGAAACCCUUUGAUUUUUUUUAUUUAUUUUUUGUUUUCAUUCAUUUACCUUUUUUAUUUAUGAGGACAACAGAGAACCUUUAUUAUUAUUUUAUUACUAUUAUUCAAAAGAGGGACAAAGAAACUAGUAAUUCCAACUUGCUAUUCGUCAAA